AUGGAUGCAGACGAGAUUAUUGAGUCCGUGAUCAGAGCCCUCAUGUGUCUAGCAGGGAUCCUGGGAAACAACUGGCUGGCUAUAAGCUCCCUACCCUGGAAGAAAUCUGGCAUCCGCACCAACGAGGCCCUUUUCAUCAACCUGGCUGUCUCCAACCUCAUCACCAACUACCUGGUGGACCUGCCCGACACCAUGGCAGAUUUUGCCGGCAGGUGGUUCUUGGGGGAAACCUUCUGUGGCGUGUUUCGUUUCUGCGCUGACCUCUCUGAAACCAGCAGCAUCUACACGACCUUCUUCAUCAGCGUUUUCUGGCACCAGAAGCUGGUGGGUUCCCUGAAACGUGGGGGGGCACCGGUGCAGCUUGACAGCCUGUGUAUGGUGGGCUGUCUGCUGGCCGGGAGCUGGACGGUGGCUUUGGUGUUCAGCAUCCCGCAUUUUUUCUUUGUUGCAGUUGAAGGAGCAAACGAGAGCCACGAAGACUGUGUAGAUGUCUUCCCUAAUGCACUUGCAAGGCAAACCUACGAGAUCUUUUAUUUAACCCUGGCUAAUGCUCUCCCAGUUGCUGGGAUUGUGUUUGCCAGUAUCCAAAUUGUCAUCACUCUGCUACAAAACCAGCGACGCAUACGGGGUCAUAACUCUGACCCCGCCAAGGAAAAUGCUAAAGAUGAAAACAAGAGCACCGAAAACAGAAAUGAUGAGAGAUCUGUCAGCGCUAAUUCUGGCCCGGGCACCUCCAAAGAUCCUAAAGACUCUGCAGCACUAAACAACAUUUAUACAGGCGUACCUGCUUCCUCCUGUCCAAAUGAAGGACUGUUUGGUCACAGUUCCCACAGCAGCAAAGCUGGAGCUCAACCAAAUCUUUCAAGGCCCAGCCAGAUGCCAGCUAAGCCCAGCUCGAGCUCAAGCACUCAGGUGAGGGCAGCCAAGAGCGUGGUGGCCGUGGCCAGCGUGUUCCUGGUCUGCUGGCUGACUCAUCUGCUUCUGCGCAUCACCAACAACAUCCACACCUCCUCAAUAGUGUUGGAGGUGGCCAGUUAUAUUGCAGCAUCCUACACCUGCAUCAUCCCCUACAUAUUCCUGCAUGGAGUGAAAAAGCUCUCUUGUUCGUGUAAAAGGUAG